UUGGUUCACAUGCAUGUGCAUGAGUUUGCAUUAACAGGCUUGAUACUUAAUUUACUUCUUCUUUUCCUUCUCUUUAACGUUGCAGAUGCACAAAACAUUGUGAAGUCCCUGCCAGGUUACCCAGGAGCAUUACCUUUCAAACUUGAAACUGGAUAUGUUGGGGUGGGAGAAAAUGAUAGCGUGCAGCUGUUCUACUACUUCAUCGAGUCGGAGAGAGAUGUCAGCAUGGACCCUCUCGUGCUUUGGCUCACCGGUGGCCCCGGUUGUUCUGCUUUUUCCGGUCUUGUUUACGAAAUCGGUCCUUUGUCUUUUGAUGAUGAACGUUACAAUGGAAGCUUGCCUUCAUUGCAUGCAAAUCCUUAUGCCUGGACAAAGAUUGCCAGCAUUAUCCUUUUGGACUUGCCUGUUGGUACCGGAUUCUCGUAUGCAACUACUUCUCAAGGUUACUUCUCCUCCGACACUAAAUCAACGAAGGAUGCUUACCUUUUCCUGCAAAAGUGGCUGUUGAAUCACCCCAGAUUCAUGAAGAAUCGCCUCUACAUUGCUGGUGACUCCUACGCAGGGAAAAUUGUUCCAAUGGUUGUUUUAGAAAUAUCAAAUGGUGGUAAUGAGGCUGGAUUGAAGCCACGGAUGUCAGUCGAGGGAUACAUGGUUGGCAACCCACUAACGGAUUCUAGGAAGGAUGAGAACUGGAAAGUCCCUUACGCUCAUCGUCUGGGACUUAUAUCAGAUGAGUAUUACGAGCGGGCUAAAAGUAGCUGUAAUGGGGAAUACAUCAAUCCAAGCCCAAAUAAUACAGAAUGCUUGUUUGCUCUUCACCUCAUUCAAGAGUGUAUCAGUGGUAUAUACCCAGCUAACAUCUUGGAACCAAAAUGUCAACAUCUAGCAUCAAGAGAAGGACUCCAAUGGGAUCAAGGCUAUUUGGAAGAAGAUUCAAUUGAUAUUCUCCUCCCCUCAUUCGAUCAAGAAAAACCAAAGUGUCGGGAUGAUACUUAUGUCCUAAGCAGAGUUUGGAUGAACGACCCAACGGUCCAAGAAGCUCUUCAAAUUCGGGAAGGUACAAAAGAACAAUGGAGAAGGUGCAACAGAAGCAUAUCUUAUGAUAUGGAUGUUGCAAGUGUGUUCGACUAUCACCAGGUUCUUAUUAGGAAAGGAUAUCAGGCAUUAAUAUACAGUGGUGAUCAUGAUAUGAUGGUCCCUUACCUUGGAACACUUCAAUGGAUACGUGAUCUCAAUCUAACUGUUGAGGAUGAUUGGCGACCUUGGUUUGUCAAUGGUCAAAUUGCAGGCUACACACUGAAUUACCAAUUCAAUGAAGAUGUAUGCUGUUUCACAUUUGCAACAGUAAUGGGUGCAGGUCACACUGCUCCAGAAUACAAACCAAAAGAAUGUUUUGCCAUGAUUGACCGGUGGUUCACUAAUUAUCCCUUAUAGAUCGAGAUAAAAAAAAAAAAGAGUGUUCCUAGAGUUUGUAGGACUUACAAUCACAUCUAUGUAUUUUGUCCCAUUCACCUUAAGACUUGAUGUUGUAUCAAGCGUUUAAGUUGAGAUAUCAAUAUUUGUGAUUUCGUGAUAAGCUUUACCCAUUCCCUUUUGAAGUACACAAAAUGUGUAAAAUCCAAAUGU